AUGGCUUCAUCACCAACCAGAAGAGCUUCUUCACCCCCGGAGGAGACCACAGAGACGGCGGGUCCCACUCAUCUGUGUCCCACACUCCCUUCCGAUCUCAUCUUCAACAUCGUCUCAAGACUGCCGGUCAAGGUUCUCGGUAAGUUCGAAAGCGUUUCUAAACAAUGGCGCUUCAUGAUCACUGACCCAUACUUCAUUCUCACACACCGUAAUCGAUCACUGCAAAACCCUAAUUUACUUUUACUGCGAAAAGUUCCCAAUGAUGAUGAUUCUGAUAAUCCCCAGAAGAAGAAAACCACUGUUGAAGUAUGUGGGUUGGAUUCUGAUGGGAAGCUCAAUAUUGGGUUCACACUGGAUGUGAAUGAUGCUAUUGAUAUGUUGCCCUCGAAAUGGGAUUUGAUAUGUUUUGCAGGUGAAAAUGGGUUUUAUGUUUGUAAUCCAAGUACCCAAGAAUUUGUGAAAUUGCCUGAGGCAAGUUGUUGUACUUCUGGGGAAAUUAAUGCUGGGAUGGGUUACAUUUCGUCUAGAAAUGAAUAUGUUUUGAUUCAUUUGUAUGAUAGGAGUUUGGAUAUCUAUGUUGAUAAUGAUAUUGGGUGUGAAGUUAUACGUUUGUCGGAUGGGUGUGUGAGGAAUUGUUCUUGGAAGGUAGUGGAGGCGAAUUGCCCUCAUGUGGUUAGAGGAUGGGGAGUUUUGGUUGAGAAUGUGUUUUAUUGGAUGAUUUGGGAAGAGUAUGAUCAUCCAGGGAAUGAAGCUAUCGUGUCCUUCGAUUUGGAGAAAGAAGAAUUUGGGACGAUUUCGCCGCCAGAAGGGUGUUUAGACCCUAAUGGGGUUUGGUCCUUGGUGGAGUUGAGAGGGUCUUUAUGUCUGGUCGACAGUGCAACACAACCUUCUACAAUGGAUAUAUGGGUAUUGAAGGAUUUAGAGAAUCACAAAUGGGUGAAGGAGUUUAGGAUUGAUUGGAAUGGGUUUAGUGAGGAGUUGCUGAAAUUCAUCACCCCUCUGGAUUAUCAGAAUGGAGAAAUAUUGAUGGAUGCGAAACAAGAGAGUCUUCACUAUUACAAUGUAGAGAACAAAUGCUUCAAAAGAAUGGACAACCUGGUUGCAGGUGGGUGGACGUGGCUACGACUUUAUACCGAGAGCUUCUUCUCCCUUGGAAGUCGAUAG